AUGGAUAAUACCGCUGAAAGUACCAUAGAAUCAAAUGAUAAAGGCUCAUGGAUAACAUUCUUUGCCGUAAAAACUUUUGAAUUCAUAUUGCUAGGGAGCAUUCUAGGGAUAAGUUUUGUUUUUCAAUCUUAUGAAGAUGCUUUUCCAUGGCCUCAUCUAGUUAGUGGAAUAGAAAUAGGAUAUUUUAUCAUAAUUUCUGUUUUACUUCUUAGUGGAUUUUGUAAAGUUCGUGCCCAUCGAAGUAUGCAUGGACUUUUUAAUUUCAUUGGAUUUGCUUUAUUUGUCGCGGCAGGAGUCAGAAUAAUUUAUUAUUAUAAAAUUCAAUAUGAACUUGCUGCAGAAUCCUGUGCCAAAGUCGGGUUCAACUUAAAUUCAUUAACAUCUGCUGCUAUCGGACUUUUAAAAAAUGAUGAAGGUUCUAAAGCCUAUAAAAGCGGUUUAUCAAUAAACUCCACUUCGGAAGAGGAAACUAAAAAAUUAAAAAAAUUGUUUAUGCUAGGAUUUACUAGAGGAUCUAUGGACAUCGUUGAAGGACUAAUUUUACUAACUGAUUCAUUUCUUGUCUUCAAAAAAUAUUAUUAG